GAAGUGCAUUAAGAUGGCACUAGUUGACAAUUUAUUUGGUGUUGGCGGGCUGUAAUUUGUUUUAAAUCACCGAUAUUUUAUUAUUUUGUGCAAUUUUGAUGUGAAUUCACUGGAUAAUUUAUUUAUUAUGAAAACCAAAAAUUACUAGUCAAGCCAACGGUGACAUUAAACAAUCAAAAGUUAUUCAUGAAAUGAGUGGACUCGUGUUUGUUUUGUAUCGUUCUAAUGUGAAGCUUUGACGUUUCCAUGGCAGCCCAAUAUUUGAUACUUUAUUUUAUACUUUACUUAUUCAUAUAAUAAUAAAUUUAUUUGAUUAUUUAAUUUUUGUAAUGAUCAACUAUGGAUCAUUUAGUAGGACCAGAAGUUCAGGUCGUAUUAAGUUUAAAAGGAGGCAAAGGAUUCAACAAGGUAACAAAUCCGACUUUUAUUGCUGCAACUUUAAAUGGCCUAUCGUUGGAAACAGAUUUUAUCAAUCCCGAUUCAUGUCCACAAUACAUAACAAAUUUAAUUUGGGAAGCGAACAAAAGCACACUUCGCAAAAUGAGAUCUGCACAAGAACCUUUAAAAAUUGAAUGUUUUGAAAUCAGAGAAAAUGGAACGAAAGAUAAAAUUGGGUACUUACUAUUAAGCUUAAGAACAGCACAAGUUAUUGCGAAAGAUUCUGAUGAGGAUGUAAAAAGUAACUGGCACAAAUUGUUAGGUUUGAGAAAUGAUGUUAAAGCUGAUAAACCAGAAAUUUUAUUAUCACUUAUUAUUGGAGAAAAGAAUAUAACAGAUAAUGCUAAUUUAAGUGAAAAAAAUUUAACCAAUGAUGAAAUGAUGGACAACGAAAAUAUUUCAUUCCCUUAUCUUAUUCCUGAAGAACAUUUAAUACAGUUAGGACCUAUAAAUACAUGUAGAGAAAUAUUUUUAUUCAGUAUUAUGACUGAAAGUAUUUCUAACGUGGAAUCAUUAAGAAUAAAAAAUUCAAAACUAGAUAUAAAUAUACCAUACGUAUUGUGGUAUUAUAUUUUAGAAAAUGAAGUAUCGUCAAAGCCUAUUCCAGUUGAUUCUCAAAUAUUUGAACUGAAUGAAAAAAUUGUGAUUCGUAUCAGAAGCUCAUUAGAAGAAUUAAGAAAUUAUUUACUUUUCAAGCCUUAUUUUCUUGUAUUAUUAAAACAUGGGGAAAGUGUUUUAGGUCAGUCAGAAAUAGAUCUUAGACCUCUUAUCACUGAAGAGAAUACCGAAAAAUAUUUCAAAAGUCCAGAUGAUGAAAAUAUAAUUAUACAUGAAAAUUGUGUUUUAAAUGAUUUAGAAAAUACAAAAGAAUCACAUGAUAAAGAAGGAAAACCUUCCCUUAAUAUUAAAUUGAAAAUGCGAUAUGUAGGGUCAAAAUCAAUGAGCUGUCAUGAUCCUAAUUUAAGACUGAUGGAACAACAAUUGUCAGAUAUUGACUGUCAUUAUCACAAUUGUAUGACUGGAAUUCAUAAUACAAAAACUAGUACAGAUAAAAUAGAUUAUUUAUCUUCUAAUUUACCUCCGAAAUGUACUGAUAAUUUACAUUUAUAUAAUCAAGUUAUUAAUGAAUUAGAAACUUGGAAAGAAAAUCAGCAAGAAUUAUUUAAGCUGGAAUUAAAACGCAAAGAAGAACAGUAUUUAAAUCAUUUAGGUGAAGAAUGGCGAAAGCGUAGAGAGUAUUUAGAAUCUAAAUUUGCAUGCAAUGUCGAGCAAUGUAAAGAGUUAGCUAAUAGUUUAAAUUCUGCUACUGAUGAUUUAAGAAUGAGAAAACUCCAUAGUUUACAAAAGGAGGCUCGAUUAAUUAAAACAAAUGAUCAAUUAAAAUGGGCUUAUGAAAAAAAAACACAAGAAUUAAAAGAUACAGUACAAAAAUUACAAGAUUCAAUGUCGAAGCUUUCGUUAAUAGAAGAGCAAAAAAAAAAUUUAGAAGUGCAAUUAGAGUCGGUAAAGACUGAAAAUAAGAAAUUGCAGGUGGCCUUAAAUGAAAAAAAUGAAGAAUUAGAAACUCUUAAAAAAAGUCUCUCAACGCAAAAUCAAACAGUCAAUUACGUUCAAGAAAUUGAAAAUCUUGAAAGAAAGUUAGAAAGUGCUCAAAAAAAGCAAACAUUUUUUAAAGAGCAAUGGGGUAAAGCAGUAAGAGAAAUUCAUAAAAUGAAAAUGGAGCACCGACAAGUUGUUGAAGUACAAACUAAAACGCAUAAGGAUGAAUUGAAAAAUUUCAAUUUAGAAGAUAUACUACAAGCAGGUUCAGCAGCAUUAGCCAAUGAUAAAAUUUCACUUGGUCAAAUUCAAAAACAAAUCGAAACACUAAGACCAAAAUCAUCCGUUGAAAGAAAAACCCGUGAUUCUUUAGUUACUCCAAUGUAUGAUUCAAAAUCCCUGAUGAAUUUAAAUAAAUGUCAUUGUCAAUCACGUGUCGGAGAACUGGAUGAACGUCUUAAAAAACUUAUUGCCGAACGUGAUGCAUUAUUAAAAACUGGUAGUUAUACAGAAGAUGAUGGAAUAAUAGUCAAAUUAAAUACUGAAAUACGGUCAUUACUUAUUAAUAGCUGAAUAUAUUUUGUAUAAAUAUUAAAUCAAAUUAAUAUUUACAUAUUUGUUAUCUUAUUAUGCUCGUUAAAUAGUCAACGUAGUUUGAUGAAAUAUGGCAAAAUAUUUAAUGGUGCGGGAUAAUUCUCAAUCCACAUUGGUCCUGUGUAAGUACGAUUACUAUUUCCAUCUUUCCACAUUCCUUUAGGAAGAUAAACCGGUCGUGCAACGGAGUUUUCUUCGAUCACUGGUGCCACCAAUAUAUUUGUUCCCAAAAGGUAUUCUAAAAUAUACAAAAUUAUUUAUUAUAUUAUUUCGGUAAAAUAAAUUUCAAAUUUGUGAUAAAUAAUCAUAA